ACAUGGACCACUUCCUCUAAAAUAACACACUUCAAGAUGGGAUUGUUUCUAUUCCUUAUUGUCUCUCUUCUUCUUCUGAUAUCAGUGUCCUGCAUUAGAGACAAUACCCACAGUUCAUGCACUUCAAUAUUUCAAGAAGAUAAACACCAAUCCAACGGCUCCGGCAUACACAUCACCUUACACCAUGUUCAUGGCCCAUGCUCACCUGUGACCUUGCCUAAACUACCACUUAAAGAUGUCCUCAGGCUCGACGAAAUGCGGGCCCAAGCCCUAUACAAUAGGCUAACAAAAGCCAAUGUAACAACAUCCUCCAUGCCGAAAUCCGUUGAUCUCAGGCCGGAAAUGGUCAACAUCCCCCUAAAACCUGGACAGUCGGUAGGCGUCGGGAAUUAUGUCAUCAAGAUUGGCCUAGGCACUCCAGCCAAAUACUUCACCGUGAUGAUGGACACAGGGAGCUCAUUGAGCUGGGUCCAGUGUGAGCCAUGUGAGAUAUCCUGUCACCCUCAGGUGGACCCCAGAUUCAAUCCAUCUACAUCAUCCACGUAUGAGUACCUAACGUGCGGCACACCGGAGUGCUCCACACUGGAAGCUGCUACUCUCAAUCCCCCAUCAUGUACACUGUCCAAUUUGUGUAUAUACAAUUCAGUCUACGGAGAUCGAUCCUACUCCGUUGGAUACCUUAGCCGGGACACAUUGACGGUGGCCCCAUCGCAGACAUUGCCCGGCUUCGUUUAUGGGUGUGGUCAAGAAAAUGAUGGCCUUUUCGGUCAAUCAGCAGGCAUCGUCGGUCUGGCUCGUAACAAGCUCUCUCUACUAUCACAAUUAUCAUCAAAAUACGGUUAUGUAUUUUCAUACUGUCUACCUACACCCUCUUCUACUGGGACAUUAUCGAUUGGUCAAAGUACGUAUAAUCCGUCCAUCUACAAGUUCACACGUAUGUAUUUGGAUCGACGAGAUCCAUCAUUGUACUUUCUACGUUUGGCCAGCAUAACAGUAGCUGGGAAGGCUCUACCACUAUCCGUUGCAGUGUACACAAGUACUCCUAUGAUCAUAGACUCUGGGACUGUAAUUACGCGCCUAUCAUCUGCUGUCUAUGUGCCCUUACGAACGGCCUUCGUGAAGGCGAUGGCCGGGUAUAAGCAGGCACAACCGAUUUCGAUACUCGACACAUGCUUUGAGGGCGGCGUGCAGGGAAAGCAUGUGCCAGAGGUUCGACUGAUCUUCGAGGGCGGUUCAGAGCUGAGGCUGGCCGCUCAAAACUCAGUGAUUGAGGUGGAUGGUGUCACCUGCCUAGCGUUUGCCGAGAGCAGAGGCGUGGCCAUAUUCGGCAACCGCCAGCAACAGACCUUUGGGGUUGUGUAUGACGUUUCCGGCUCGAAGAUCGGGUUUGCUGCUGGUAGAUGUGGGUGAUUAGGGCUGGACCCGUUUGGAUGGCACGUUCUUCUCUGUUUUGUACAAGUUUGUAGUAAAAAAAUAAUAAUAAUAAAAAUGCAUGGGGAGAAGUUACCCGGUUGUCUCUUCGAUCCAUUGGGAUAGCUUUCUGUGAAAAUCAACCUGAUCCACUCAUUUAGUGGGCCCCAACUUUAUUAUUAUUUUUGUUAUCAAUGGCUAUCCAUUAUUUUC